GUUAGCAUCAAGGUGUAACAAGUUGCAAACAUUUUUAUUAACUUUUUUCAGAUAAAAAACUUGAUUUUUUACGUCGCGGUUGUUUGGCAGCUAGGCUAGAUCCAAGGUGUGACGAGCCAUGGCGACCACGAUCCUGCAGCCUCCCGUGCCGCUGCCGGUGCUCUCCCGCUGGUACAUCUACGUCAUCCACGGCAACUUCUGCAAGGUCAUGUUCACGGCGGCGUGGGAGUUCGCCGUGCACUCCGACUGGAAGUUCCCGGGCCUGACCAGCCUGUGGGUGCUCUUUAUCUACGGCACGUGCAUCCUGGCGGUGGAGCGCAUGUACCUGUACCUGCGCGGGCACUGCCACGUGUUGGUGCGCUGCCUCAUCUACACGCUGUGGACGUACAUGUGGGAGCUGAGCACGGGGCUGCUGCUGCGCCAGUUCCACGCCUGCCCCUGGGACUACUCCGCCUUACGCUACAACUUCCUGGGCCUGAUCACGGCCGAGUACGCGCUGCCGUGGUUCUGCGCCUCCUUCGUCGUGGAGCGCCUGCUCAUCCGCAACACACUGCGCCUGCGCUACCAUCAGGGCAACGAUGACGGCUGGGGGCGGGCCUACAACAGCGGGGGGCGGGCCUACAACAGCGCAGGCGGCUGCCAUCAAUCAGCAAUCUGCACACCUGACGCUGAUGAGACGCUGCGCUUCUUAAGCCAGAGCAAACCUGUGUUCCAGGCCAGAACCGACAUUCCUCCGUUUCCUGAUCACGAGGUGUGUGUCUCGUCCCCCCAUAUUCCCUCUGGUUCCCCGGCUGCCUUCUUGGAUCUCUACCUCCCGCCUGGACACGUACCUCAGAGCUUGCCUUGCCCUCCUAGGACUUCCUCAAACUCACCUUCAACACACACCGGCGGAGCGUCUCUCUCCGACAGUGACAAGAAAAACAUGUUCAAACAGUUGAAGGCUGAUCCGCUACCGCUGUGGUAUUCCUCAGAGGACGAGGAGUAUGAGGCAUACCACGUGGCCGAAUGA